AUGCUGAGCAGGAGUGGAGCUCGCCAUCUCGGGAGAGGUCAAUGCCUGCUCAGAAAGACGUAUGGGGAUCAGCUGGUCGUCCGAGCAAACGACGCAGGAUCGCGUUGGCAUGCAGCAAUUGCAGACACAGAAAGUCGCGCUGUGACGGUGGUCGGCCAAAAUGCUCCCUCUGCAACGAGAUGGGAUGUGAGUGCUCUUAUGAACAAGCUGGGACAACAACAACCCUCACUGUGGGAAGGAGAACAAAGGCUUGAAGAGAUGGAAAGUAGUAUGAAACUACUGCAACAAACCAGGUCGGCGGUUCAUACCGAUUCUCAGUUUGCGAAUAGCUCUCUGCCUUCUGCACCAGGCUCUACGGUGCCUCCGGAACGGUCGACCCAGUACUCAGCGAACGCCGAAAUGGGCGAAAUUGAUACCAGUGAAGAUGCCAUCGACGGAAUGGGAGCCAUCAAGUUCACAGAUGAAGAAGAUUGUGGUUAUUUUGGUCCGUCGUCCAAUGUCGCUUUUGUGCGCCACAUAUCGUUGGCGCUCGCCAAGGCAAGCGGGCAGAGUCAAACUAUCCAGACCAGGACAACAAACUCAUCAACAGCCGGCGCUGAGUGGAUGCGAGUCAGUCGUCCACACUACGUGCACGGCGAGAUCAAUGAGAGUAAUCUAAGUCACUCGCGGAGGAGUGUGAACAUUUACGCGCUGCCACCUGAUGCUUACACCUGGAGGCUUAUCAAGGAGUACUUCCAGAAGACCGGCCAACUGUUGCCUUUCAUCCACGAGGAAUCCUUUUGCGAAACGUACUUUCAGCUGAAACGCACGAAUUUUACAAUGGCACGGAGAACUUGGCUCGGUUUACUGAAUAUGAUUCUCGCCAUGGCUACCACCUUGACUGUUGACGGCUACACUUCCUCGGAAGAGAGGAUUGCAGAAUCCGAUGUGUACUAUCAGAGAGCUAAUGGUCUGUGUGAGAGGGAAUCAAGAACCAACAUCAGUCUUGAACUAGUACAAUACUUGCUCAUUGUGGGCCAGUAUCUCCAAGGGACUCAAAAGUCAGUGCGUGCUUGGACUGUCCACGGACUGGCCAUCACGACCGCAUUGCAGCUAGGCCUCCAUUCACCAAGAACAAAUCGGGACUUUCCACCCCUAGAAAGCGAGAUCCGAAAGCGCGUCUGGUUCGGCUGCAUCCUCCUAGAUCGCACAUUGAGCAUGACCUACGGCCGGGCCUGUAUGAUUCCGGAAAAGUACGUGAAGCUCGAGCUUCCCAUCGCAGACAUACAAGUCGUGGGACAAACCCCCAGCACGGACGCAAGGCGACGGAUGGAUGCAAUGUACUUCCGAGCAACGAUAGCUCUCUAUAGUGUCAUGUACCAAAUCAUUGACACAUGCUAUGGACAAAACCUCGGCCUUGAAGAAUAUCUUCCCGUCUCCGAAAUCAUCUCUCUGACACUCCAAGGGGAAACACAGCUCAACGAGUGGAAAAACCAAAUCCUCCCUUCGCAGAAUCUGCGCGUGUGUAGCACCCCGCUCUGCUCUCAAGACCUGGACAAAUUGGAAGCCAAAGACAAAAUCAAAGAGAGAUUCAACCUGGUGCUCUCGCUUCGAUUUCACAACCUGCACAUUCUGCUCCAUCGGCCCAUUCUGGAGAAAUUGCUCGACGUUCACGGAGGAGGAGGGGGCGCUAGUAGUGGUGGUGGUGGUGAUUCCGAAACGAAUAUGAUGCGCCAGGUGUGUAUCAGCAGCGUCGAAAACUGCGUGGAUUCCGCCAUGAUCAUCAUCUCGAUUGUCCAUACAGUGGUGCUUUCCAAUGGGUGGCGCCGUGACCUUCUUGGAGCGUGGAACUAUUCCUUGUUUUACACAUUCAACGCCGGCCUAGUCAUCAUCGCAGGCUUGCUUGUUUCUCCCAAAGAAACCGUUGGCGGUGCGGAGGACGGCGGCGACAUUGCACCACCACCACCCUCGUCGCAGUGGAAAUUUCUCGAGAGCUCGGCAAUCUACCUCAACAUGGCCAUCGAGGCCUUGCAGAACCUCGACCGAGGGAAUCGAGUGGUUCAGCGGAUUGUCGACUAUUUGUCGCAGCUGGCUUUGGCUGUUUUCAGCCUGUCAUCGAGGAACCUGGACGCGAAUUCGAUUCUUCCCAGUGUGAACAGCUACGAUGCGUUCGCUUCGGCCGGGAAUCACCCAGACCUGCUCCCGACUACACGGUCGUCGCAUCAGACGAUUGGACAGAAGGAGUUUCCCAUGGAGAUUGAUCUCAGCGAGUUCACGCUGGAUACGGAUCUGGAUUGGUUUACUCGCCACCUCGAGCCGAACAGAUAG